UCAUUUUUUUGCCUUUUCUUUUUUUAUCUUUGUGGUUGCUCUGUGCCAGACUCUGCAGAGACUCAGCAGAUGAGUGGACUGUAGAGGAUGAGAGAAAAAAGCACACAGCACAGAGCAAAGUAACAAAAGCAGGUAAAGCCACUCACUUCACUGUUCUGCCUAUUUCCUUCGCUUUCAUGGAAAAAUUUCCGCAUUCUCGGCAACCAAACAUGCUUUCCAAAAAGAGCUGCAAUGGCAGCACCACUAAGUCCAUUUACGACGAUGUGUUCGGCGGGCCGCCCAGGUUUGGAACUCCGACACUGUCGCCUCGGGUCGAGGAUUAUCGCGAGAUAUUCGGCGGAUUCCACGCUUCACGCGCAUCCUCGAUUCCCGUGCUCGAUCUCCCAUUGGUCGAUGAGGCGGCCGAGGUUUUCUUCGACGUGCGUAGCUCCGGCUUUGACUACGGGGAGGUCUUUGGAGGGUUCAAUGACCAUGAUUUUGCAGUUUCUUACAAUGAGCUGGCGAUGAAGGAGCAAUCCAACGGUCUUGGUGAUGAUUCCUCAUCUGACGAGGCCUGGGCUCCAGCAGAAGCUGAAAAUCUAUCAGAUGAGUCAAAUAAUUCUGCAAAAGACCAAUGCUUAUUGAAUGGAGAUUCAUACGACUCACCUGAUGGCAACAUGGGGUUCAACUUAUCUUGUAAUAAAGUUAGUCAAAGUAGCAACGGAAAUUUGUCAAACGGGAUUACACAUAUGACUGAGCUUCAUUCUGUUUCUGGAUAUACUUUUGUGGUUGAUAAAACCUCUUCCUUGCCAAAUACAGACUAUGAAUACCACCAUAUGCAGGCAAGCAAUGAUGACCAUCUCAAUAUUCACUAUAGUGGGGAAAUGUUGAGUAGAAGGCAUCUCAGGAAAGUCAUGUCUCACCCGGCUAAUGGUACUAAUACUGAUGUACUGUUCUUUGGAAAUGAUGUUAGACCUCACAGGGAGUUUGUCAGGAACGGCUCUCUUCCUAAUGAGAUGUUUGUAACCAUUUCUGAUGUCAGCCUUAGAACUCACCCCUCUCAUUUGCCGCCACCAUCUAGACCACCACCUGCACUAGAUGUUUUCAGGACAGGUUCUGGAAAAACAACAACUAACUAUAGAAGUGUUGCCUCUGAAGGGACUGCUGGUGAUAGUUCACCUCCUUACUUUGAUGUAGAGGUAGAUGCAAGUUCACCUGCUGCAGCCUCUGCUGCUGCUAUGAAAGAGGCAAUGGAUAAAGCUCAAGCAAAGCUCAAAAGUGCAAAAGAAACAAUGGAGAGGAAGAGGGAUGGUUUUCAAAACCGUGUGAAAUCAGGUUCAAAGACUGACAGAAAAGACAAGGAAGAAAAGUUGACUAAUAUUUUUAAUGGCUCUUGUAGCAGAAAGGAUGAGAAAGGACAGGGCAUUAUUAAAAAAGAACAAAGUGGAAUGGAAUUUUCUAUCUUGGAGGACAUGCAAAAGGUUAAAAAGACAAUGCAGCCGAUCUCAGAUUCACUAGGAGGGAAAAAAUAUAAUAUGGCCAAAAAAUCUGCAGAGGAUAAUCAUGGAGCAGAAUCCUCAUCAUCUCAGGGAUCUGAUGGUGAUGGUGAUGGUGAAUGGAAUGAAGCUACUCAAUGUUUUGAAUUGUUAACCAAUAACUCUAGAAAGGCCUUUGACCAGGAAAACGAUGAAAAUGUUCUGGUGAAUAAUUCUACUUUUCAUGAGCAUGGAAAGAAUGAAAAAGAGGGAGCUAUGGAAGCAUUGCAGCAGCCCCAGAGAAAUGACAAGAAAGUGAAAGCAGUUAGAACAGAUCAUGGACUGGUGGAUUAUAAGAAGAAACUUGAAGAAUCAAAGGAAGCUUUUGAAUGGGACAAAAGCCGUGGGAGAUCAGAAGUGGUUAACGGGCAGAAAGGACUUCAUAAGAAGGUACAAGGGGCUCAAGAGGCUUUUAAACAGGAAGGGAAUGAGAAGAAAUUUAACAUGGACUUGAAUCCUGUAGAAACUGAAAAGCAACAACCUAGAGCUGAUGACUUACAGGAACAUGAGAACUAUGUACAGGUUCAACGGAUAGAAAGUAAGAUUGCAGUUAGGCAGACUAUGAAGCACAAGGAGAAAGGAUCAAAGCUAAAAGAGGAUACUAAAAGUAUGGAGAAUGUGAAAAAAUUCACUUGCGAAAAGGAUGGCAGUGAAAGGAGAGAAAGAAAGGCUUUUAAGCUUGAAGAAAAUGAGAAAAAGCUUAAUGCACCCGUUGAACAAGCAGAUAAUGGGAGAAGGCUAAAUAAGGAACUUGAGGAAGAAAAAGAGAAUAUGAUAGAAGCAGUUCAUGAGCUGGAAGAAAAUGAGAAGAUACAGGGGGAGCCUUAUGAAAGAGAAGAAAAGGAGAAGAGACUAAGAGACACUCUUAGGCAGGAAGAAAAAGGGAGGAGACUGAAAGAGGGCCUUGAUCUGGAAGAGAAGGAGAGGAAAUGGAAAGAAACUCAUGAGAAGGAGAGACUGAGAAGACAAAGAAAGGCUGUUGAAUGGGAAGAGAAUGAGAAAAGACAAAGAGAGGUUCAUGAAAGAGAAGAAAAUGAGAAGAGAUUAAGAGAGGCUCAGGAAAAGGAAAAGAGUGAGAGGAAACUGAAAGAGAAUGUUGAGAAGGAAGAGAGGCAGAGAAGGCUGAGAGAGGCUGUUGAAUGGGAAGAGAAUGUGAAGAGGGAAAGAGAAGAAAAUGAGAAGAGACUGAAAGAGAUUCUUGAGGAAGAGAAUGAGGGGAGAGUAAAAGCAGCUGUUGAAUGUGAAGAGAGUGAGAGGAGACAAAGAAAGGCUCAUGAAAGAAAAGAAACUAAGAAGAGAGAGGCUCAAGAAAAAGAGGAAAAUGAGAAGAGAUGCAAGGAGACUUCUGAAAAAGAAGAAAUUGAACAAGAGGCUUCUGAAAGAGAAGAUGGAAAGAGACUAGAAGAGGUAUGUGAGAAACAAGAAUGCACAACUUCAAGAUGUGCCCACAAAGCAGAAGGAAGUGAAGCAGCAUUAAAAGAGGUCUGUUGGGCAGAAGAGAUUGGGACCUCAUCUCAAUCUGCACACAAGUGGGACGAGACAGAGGCAAAACAUACAAGUCUUGGAGAGAGUGAAAAGCAAAAAGCAUUAAAAAUGGUGGAGGAUCACAGUAUAUUGAAUCAGGCAUGUAAGCUGGAUGAUAUUCUGAGUGUUGCAUCUACUCAAUUAGCUGGCGAAAAUGAGGGGAACAGCAAAAAACUGGAAGUAACUAAGGAGAUUGCUAAUGAAGAAACUAGCAAGACAAUGAAUGAACUGAGAAAUGGUGAGCAGGAAGUAGCAUCUGGCAUAGCCCAACCCAACUUAGAACAUGAAAAGAGCCACUUUCUAAUGGAAGAUGCAACUGACAUUGAAUGGAAGACCAUUGGAAAAAUUAGGAGUGAGGAAGACCACUGGAAAAACUUUGGAGUGGACCCAGAUAUUGGAAAUCAAGGAAAGAAUUUUCCUUGUGAUAAGAACGAGGGAAGAAAGAACAUUGAGCAAUACCAAGCUUCCUUAAAUCCAGAAAUCAACAAGGUCAAUAUCAAGUCAGCUAGAGCUGUGCAAGAAUCAGUUGAUACUGGAAGGAAAACGGAAGGAUCUCAGCCAGCUAUACUGGAAGUAAAACGAAGCACUUGCAGAACAGCUCAACAGGUUCAUGCAACUCGGAGCAAUGAAAGAAAAGUAAAUAAUUCUCAUGAGACUAUUUUAUCGGAAGAUAAAGAUGCUGAAAGAAUGAAGAGAGAAAGAGAGCUGGAAAAGGAGCAUCUUAGAAAGAUGGAAGAAGAGAGGGAAAGGGAAAGAGAGAAGGAUAGGAUGGCUGUUGACAGAGCAACACUUGAUACUCGUGAAGGGGCAAAUGCUGAAGCCCAUGAGAGGGCAGACCGGGCUGCUAUGGAAAGAGCAACUGCUGAAGCUCGACAAAGAGCACUGAAUGAGGCCCGUGAAAGAUUAGAGAAGGCAUGUGCGGAGGCUAGGGAAAAAUCCUUAUCCAAUAAGGCAUCUAUGGAGGCCAGAUUCCAGGCAGAAGGUGCUGCAAUAGAGAGAGCAACUGCAGAGGCACGAGAGCGUGCUUUUGAAAAAGCAAUGGCUGACAGGGCUGCUUUUGAGGCAGGAGAAAGAGUAGAUAUAUCUGUGUCAGAUAAAUUUUCUGCUUCUUCCAGGAAUAAUGGAAUGAGAGCAAGCACCUCAUCCUCUGAUCUGCAUGAUCUUCAAUCCCGAGGCUCAGGCUCAUUUAGCAGUUCAAGAUAUCAAUCUUCCUCCGUUUAUAGUGAAGGAUUUGAAGGAGUUGAAGGUGAGUCGGCUCAGAGGUAUAAAGCUAGAUUAGAGAGACAUCGAAGAACAGCUGAACGUGCGGUAUGA